AUGGAAUCAAAAAUCGAACGAAUGGAAUCAAAAAUUCAACAAAUAGUGAAAAAAUUACUUCAAUCUGAAGAAUGUUUACCAAUGUUGGAAAAGAUGAUCGUUGAUGAAGUUUUAAAUAUUGACAUAUUAGUCACUACAAUGUUCGAAGUAGUGGAUACACUGAACGAACAAACAUUAACACGUUUAUCAACAUAUAUUGCUCAAUAUAUCACGACACACAAAUCAUUUUCUUCACUUGAAGAACAAUUAGUGAAUAUGAAUUUACAUCGACAACAAUUAAUGAAAAGAAUUUUACAUAAUAUUCAUGUUGUUGAACUAGUCGAUUUAGCAGAUGAGUUAAUAUUAUAUAUUAUGAAUAAAGUUAAUCCUCGUGUGCUAUUACUUUGUUCUAUGAUUGAUAUUGAUAAUAAUCAUUUAGAAGCACUUGGAUUUGAUAGAUAUCAUUCAAUCGAUUUAACUUUUGAUUAUCAUCGAGCAUCACAUCAAUUACUUCUUCGACGCUUUUAUUCAGAUGUUAUGGCUCGUAUCAGCCAUUAUAUUCAAUCAUUAAAAAUUAAUCUUGAUCAAAUAUGA